GUGUUUGCCUUUUAUCUGUAAUUCAUUGUGUUUAGGUGUUUAUUUCAUUUAUGUGCGAGACAUUUUGCUGUUGUUAAAAUAAAACUCAACACGGAAUCGAAAGUACCUUAAACCACAAAUACAAAAAUAAAGUUUAAUUAGACCAACAACAUGACAUCCAGAUUGGAUUUCGAUACAAAACUAGUUGAUUUGGUACGAGCAAAUCCAUUGCUUUAUGAAAAGGAAGUACGUAGUUCACCAUACAAUCUCAUGAAGAAGAAAGCUGAACUUUGGCGAAGUAUUGCCUCAUCUUUAGGUGUUGAAACCAAGUACUGCGUGAUACGAUGGAAAAAUCUUCGAGACAAAUUUCGUCGCGAAUUGCAGAGGUUACAGGAGAUGGACCGCAAAGCAGGCGGCGUGAAGACCCCCAAAGGAUCUACAUGGCAUUUGUUAAACAAAAUGAGUUUCCUUGAAAGCCAUAUACGCCUACACUGUUCACACAGUACGAAAUGUCCCGCUAACAAUAUACGAUCCAGCUGGAUUGAAAUGGAUGCAGAGCAGCUUAUUGAACAAGUAACAAACGAAGAUGAUCCUUUACAAGAAGCUAUGGAUGAGCAAACCGUCAGUUUUGAUACAAAAAAGGAUAAUGUGGUGAAUUCGCCUCCAGUCACGUCUUUUAUGAAACGCAUCGAGAGCUUGCUUGAAGGUAUGGAUGUUGCUAAUCGAACUAAGGCUGAAAAACGCAUUGUAGCGUAUCUUUGUAAAUGCCAACUCAAAUCGCUGGAGAAUGAGAGCAUUGACGACGUAGUAAUAUAAAGAAGAUUACAUUUCAAACACUUUCCACUUUUACUCGUAUCUCAGUUUUAUACAUACAUCCAAUAUAAAUUAAUUAUAAAGUAGGUUUAAGAACUAGUCAAAACUUAAGGAAAAUAAAAUAAAUCAUAAAUUAGCUGUAUGAUUUGAUAGAAGUAA